GUCUUUUCAUUAAGUUCUCAAAAUGGAAAUUUCUCAACGAACUUUCUUUCACUAACUUCUAAACAAGUUUAAAAAUAAAAAAUAGAAUAAUUGCACUUAAAAAAAGUUGAAACAAAGUUGCGACCAUGGCGGAUGGUCCAGCGAGCUUCUGGACUCAAGCCAAUGCUUUGCUCAGAAAGAAUUUGACUUUUCAGAAACGUGAUGUUAAGUCAAAUAUUCGCCUCAUUUUGGUCCCUAUCGUACUUUGUUUAUUGCUAGUUCUCAUUCAAAAUUUGGUCAAUAAAGAGUUGGAUAAACCAUCAAACAGAUGUGGCUGUAAAUGUGUUGACACAAAUGGUGAUGGCAAAUGUGAAGAAGUUUGUGGUAUCGAAUAUUCAGAUUUGGAUCAAGUCGGCAGCUGUCCGAUUCCUAGCCCACCGGAAUGGCCUCCCUUGUUACAGAUACCAGCAUCAAAGUAUCGUGCUGUUCAAACUGAUUCUAUUUCAUAUAGGGACUUGCCCGAUGAUUCAUGUAAAAUAUCGGGUUCUUGUCCAGCUACUAUACUUCUGACUGGAACUAAUCAGACUUUUGGAGAAAGUAUGGGUAGAAACUUUUUCAGCAGUGGAUCAACUCUAAAUUCCUCUGACAUUUUCUAUAGCUUAGCCUAUAAUAUCUUGGGUUCCGAGUCGCAGACUGAGCUUAUGAAUUUUCUCGAGGCAGCUUUCUUCUCCAACUUGCCAGUCUACAAUCUUCGACCUCAAUGUCCUCCAAACUCUACAUUUUCUUUUCCAUUGGAAUUUGGUUCUGUAGCUGUUCAGCAAGAGAUAAGCUGUGUGAAAGGUAUACACUUGUGGCGUAAUAGUUCUUAUGAGAUCAAUGAUGAGCUUUAUAAAGGUUACAGGAAAGGAAAUCCAGAGGGAAAGAUAAACGAGAUAAUAGCAGCAUAUGAUUUCUUUAAUUCAAACAGAAAUGGUUUCAAUGUGAAUAUUUGGUAUAACUCUACGUAUAAGGAUGACACAGGCAAUCGACCUAUGUCAUUGACAAGGGUUCCUCGUUCAGUGAAUUUGGCAUCAAAUGCCUACCUUCAGUCUUUGCUUGGAUCUUCUGCAAGAAUGCUCUUUGAGUUUGUCAAAGAAAUGCCCAAAGCAGAAACAAAACUCAAGCUGGACUUUGCUUCUCUCCUGGGACCACUAUUCUUUACAUGGGUGGUUUCACAACUUUUUCCUGUUGUUUUGAUAGCUCUAGUUUAUGAGAAGCAGCAGAAACUAAGAAUCAUGAUGAAAAUGCAUGGACUUGCGGAUGGUCCCUAUUGGAUGAUUUCUUAUUCUUAUUUUUUGGUCGUAUCUUCUAUAUACAUGUUAUGUUUUGUGGUUUUCGGCUCAUUAGUAGGCUUGAAGUUCUUUUUGCUUAAUGAUUACAGCAUCCAGUUCGUGUUUUACUUCAUUUACAUAAACUUGCAAAUGUCCCUUGCUUUUCUGGUUGCUGCGUUUUUCUCGAAUGUUAAGACAGCUACAGUCAUCGGCUAUAUGAUGGUGUUUGCAAACGGACUCUUGGCAGCAUUCCUUUUCCAGUUCUUUCUCCAGGAUGAAUCAUUUCCCAGAGGCUGGAUUAUAGUUAUGGAGAUAUAUCCUGGAUUUUCUCUUUUUCGUGGAUUAUAUGAGUUUUCCCAAUAUGCUUUCAAUGCUAAUUAUAUGGGAACAGAUGGUAUGAGAUGGAAAGAUUUGAGUGACGGAAAAAAUGGGAUGAAGGAUGUCCUAAUAAUAAUGAUAGUGCAGUGGUUGGUCUUUCUCUUUCUUGCUUAUUACAUUGAUCAGAUUGCAUCAUCAGGGAAAGAUCCCCUAUUUUUCUUGUGGAACUCCCGAAAGAAGCCUUCACCUUCCUUCAGGAAACAUAGUUUACGAAGGCAGGGUUCUAAAGUUUUCGUCCAAAUGGAGAAACCUGAUGUUGCUCAGGAGAGGGAGAGAGUUGAACAGUUACUCGAAUCAAGUACAACUCAUGCCAUCAUUUGUGACAAUUUGAAAAAGGUUUAUCCAGGGAAAGACGGAAACCCUGAGAAAUUUGCAGUGAGAGGAUUGUCACUUGCUUUGCCUCAAGGGGAAUGUUUUGGUAUGCUUGGU